UUGUGUUUAUCAUUCAGUAAAAAAACCAAACGUCAGAGGAAAUUGCAAUUUUUGCAUAAAUUUUUAUUUUAGAAACUAGAUAAUUGGGCGUUUCUAAUAAUUUAAAGUAUUUUUAUACCCAUUUCAACAAAUCGAAAAGACAUUCCUAGACCUCGCCAUAAUGCUUGUCUUAGUAUUGGGUGAUUUGCAUAUACCCCACCGUUGUAGUAGUUUGCCAGCUAAAUUCAAGAAACUGCUUGUACCUGGGCGUAUACAUCAUAUUUUGGUCACUGGCAAUUUAUGCACAAAAGAGUCUCAUGAUUAUCUCAAGACACUGGCCAAUGAUGUUCAUAUUGUGCGCGGUGAUUUCGAUGACAAUCUCUCGUAUCCCGAACAAAAGGUGGUAACAGUUGGGCAAUUUCGUAUUGGACUCUGCCACGGACACCAGGUAGUACCAAGAGGCGACCCCGAAGCAUUAGCCUUAGUGCAACGUCAAUUGGAUGUGGACAUUUUAAUAACUGGACACACUCAUAAAUUCGAGGCCUACGAACAUGGCAAUAAAUUCUACAUAAAUCCCGGUUCUGCCACGGGUGCUUUUAAUCCUUUGGAUACUAAUGUUGUGCCAUCGUUCGUAUUGAUGGACAUACAAAGUUCGACGGUUGUAACUUAUGUUUAUCAAUUGAUUGGUGACGAAGUCAAAGUGGAACGUAUCGAAUAUAAGAAAAUUUAAGAUAUUGAAAUGACAACAGACGACAAAGAAUUUGCAGUAAUUAUUAUGUAUGUUAGUAUGAAUGGUUUUGUUGUUCUUUAAGAAAUUUCUUUAAAUGAUAAGAAGAAUAUGCAUAUAUAUGUAUGUAUGUAGAGAAUGAUUACAUACAUAUGUUUUAAAUUAUAUAGUAUUUUAUAAAUAAAAUAAUAAA